GCAACCUCGCCAUCGCCGUUCCCAAAUUUCCCGCACUCCUGCAUCGCAACACAAUGGCUUCCACGCGCGCCCUCGCUCGUCUGGCUACGAGGCGGACAGCCGUCGUCCGACCCGCCGUCUCCUCCUUCUCUCGCGGCUUAGCCUCCGUUACCGACACACACGCCCGCGAGCCCGUCUCCAAAGUCGCAGAGAAGAUCGUGCCCGACCGGGCCGCCGAGGUGGUCCCGGAGUCGAAGACGUCGACGGUGCGGGAGCCCACACCCGGAAAGGAUGCGAAGAUCAAGACCUUCCACAUCUACAGGUGGAAUCCCGACGAGCCGAGCGCGAAGCCCCGAAUGCAGACAUACACGCUCGAUCUCAACAAGACGGGGCCGAUGAUGUUGGAUGCGCUGAUUCGGAUCAAGAACGAGGUGGAUCCGACGCUGACCUUUAGGCGGAGUUGCCGUGAGGGCAUCUGUGGAAGCUGUGCGAUGAACAUUGAUGGCGUGAACACGCUGGCUUGUCUUUGCCGCAUCCCCACCGAUACCAGCAAGGAGUCCCGCAUCUAUCCCCUCCCGCACAUGUACGUCGUCAAGGAUCUCGUACCGGACAUGACGCUCUUCUACAAGCAAUACCGCUCCAUCAAGCCGUACCUCCAGCGCGAGACUCCCGCCCCAGACGGCCGCGAAUACCGCCAAUCCAAAGCCGACCGCAAGAAGCUCGACGGCCUCUACGAAUGCAUCCUGUGCGCGUGCUGCAGCACCUCGUGCCCGUCGUACUGGUGGAACCAGGAGGAGUAUCUCGGCCCCGCGGUGCUGCUCCAGUCGUACCGCUGGAUCGCCGACUCGCGCGACGAGAAGAAGGCCGAGCGCCAGGAUGCGCUCAACAACAGCAUGAGCCUGUAUCGGUGCCACACCAUCAUGAACUGCUCGAGGACGUGCCCCAAGGGGCUGAACCCUGGAUUGGCCAUUGCGGAGAUUAAGAAGAGCAUGGCUUUUGCGUAGGGGGGUUUUGACAAAAGAUUGAAGAGCGGGCGACCCACCAAGCGAACGAUUCCAUUCGCUGUAUGUACAUGUUCCUAUAGUGUGUGUCUUCUCUUUAUUCGUCUGUUGGUGUUUUGCAUCUCUGGCAGCUCCGGACCUGUUCCUCCUUUUGUACGAGUGAAAACAGACAGAUAUCAAUCACCUAAAAAAAGGACAAGCAACCGUGCAGAGGAGCUAUCCAAUGUGCAGCCGGGCAGGGUGCUUGUGUUUGUGAUUCACCUGUUGAAGGGGAGAGGGCAGUGGCGGCAUGUGACGCAUCAAUUCUAUCGAUGGGCUCAAACAUUUAUGUAUGUUGUCGCAUCCAAGCACAGAUUCAAAGGUUCCCA